GCAACUGUGUCAUUCUAUCGAGACGAUGGCAGGAGCACUUGUGCGAGUAAAUAUUUUACAAAAAUCGCAAAUUGCAUGCGCCAUUCCGGCUGCAUUGCAACGCCGUUUCCAGGGCACCCAAGCCCCACCACCCGGUACUCCACCACCACAGACCAAGACCAAGUUUGGUGGUUUGGCCGAUCAAGAUCGCAUUUUCACAAAUCUGUAUGGGCGUCAUGAUUGGCGUUUGAAGGGUGCCUUAAAGCGCGGUGACUGGUACAAAACCAAGGAAAUUGUACUGAAGGGUGCCGAUUGGAUUAUCAAUGAAAUCAAAACAUCGGGUCUUCGUGGCCGUGGUGGUGCUGGUUUCCCCAGUGGCAUGAAAUGGUCUUUCAUGAACAAACCCUCCGAUGGUCGCCCCAAGUAUUUGGUUGUCAAUGCUGAUGAAGGUGAACCCGGUACCUGCAAGGAUCGUGAAAUUAUGCGUCACGAUCCCCACAAGUUGGUGGAAGGUUGUCUCAUUGCUGGCCGUGCCAUGGGUGCCCAGGCGGCCUACAUUUAUAUCCGCGGUGAAUUCUACAAUGAAGCCUCCAACAUGCAAUUGGCCAUUGCCGAAGCCUACCAAGCCGGUUUGAUUGGCAAAAAUGCCUGUGGUACCGGCUACGAUUUUGAUGUCUUUAUGCAUCGUGGUGCUGGCGCCUAUAUCUGUGGUGAAGAAACCGCUCUCAUUGAAUCCCUCGAGGGCAAGCAGGGCAAACCCCGCCUAAAGCCUCCAUUCCCUGCUGAUGUCGGUGUCUUCGGUUGUCCCACAACUGUGACAAAUGUCGAAACAGUUGCUGUAGCUCCAACAAUUUGUCGCCGUGGUGGUGCAUGGUUUGCCAGUUUCGGUCGUACCCGUAACUCUGGCACUAAAUUGUUUAACAUUUCCGGUCAUGUUAAUCGUCCAUGCACUGUUGAAGAAGAAAUGUCCAUACCAUUGAAAGAAUUGAUUGAACGUCAUUGUGGUGGUGUCAUUGGUGGUUGGGAUAAUUUGUUGGGUGUCAUCCCCGGUGGUUCCUCGACACCAAUUAUUCCCAAAGAUGUUUGCACCGAUGUUAUUAUGGACUUUGAUGGUUUAAUUGCGGCACAAACUUCGUUGGGUACAGCAGCUGUCAUUGUUAUGAACAAACAAACUGAUGUCAUUAAGGCCAUCGCUCGUUUGAUUUCAUUCUAUAAACACGAAAGUUGUGGACAAUGUACACCAUGUCGUGAGGGUAUCGGCUGGAUGAAGAAAAUUAUGGAUAGAUUUGUCACCGGCAACGCUGAUCCAUCUGAAAUCGAUAUGUUGUGGGAAAUCUCCAAACAAAUUGAAGGCCAUACCAUUUGUGCUUUGGGUGAUGGUGCCGCCUGGCCUGUCCAGGGUUUGAUUCGUCACUUCCGACCUGAAAUCGAGGCUAGAAUGAAGCAAUACGCUGCUAGAGCUUCAAACUAAAAA